GAUCAACUGCAACAUUACUGCCAUUACUGCCUUAUGUGCGGAGUACAUUCUUGACUUCAUCCAGCUUCUCAUAAGCUGGACACUCUCAUACCUAAAUGGUUUGCCCUGCGUACAUGUCCCUAUUGUCCAAGAUUCCACCAUGAUUCGAAUACACGCUUCAAUCCGAAGCGCUCGUUCGAAAUUCCCAAGGCAUCUGAUAACAGCCCCAGCUCCUACUCUCUCACCGACACUCCCACACAGCAUGUUCCCCAGACCCCCAUGAAGAUUUCUUCCGCUACACCACGGGCCGCUGGCUCUGGAAUGAGGAAGAGCAGCUCCGCAAGCGCUAUCGACGCUUUAAUGUCGAAGAACUUCAGAAUGCCGCUGCCAGGGCGCUGGGAGGCACAUCCAGAUGCAUCUAAUAAGAACCUCGAGACCAAUUUGCACAAAACGUUUCAAUUGCAAAUGGAUGAUGGGAGGGUCGUUAUGGCGAGAAUUCCUCAUCCCAAUGCGGGUCCUGCUACGUACGCGACAGCGUCAGACGUGGCGGUGAUGGAGUUUACGAGGACCGUGCUGGAUAUGCCUGUUCCGAAGGUUUUGGAUUGGAACGCGUCGGUGGCCGAGAACCCCGUGGAAGCGGAGUAUGUUCUCACCGAGGCGCCGUCGGAAACCCCUCUGGGAGACUUAUGGUCCAGGAUGAAGCCGUCAGAGAAGAAGAGCAUUAUCGAAGAGGUUGUGGAGUUGGAGCAGAAGCUGCUUUCCGCCGAGCUUAACCUGAUCUAUCUACUUUGCGGACAACGGCUUUGCGGGCUGUAA